AUGUUGCAAAUCGAGUACGAGGAAGGCCCAACUACAACAAAGCUUAAAAGUAUAACAAUAAACCAGAAUUUGUACUUUGAAGGUUUGUAUUUAGCUUCAUCAUCAAUGGCAAGUGCAAUGGGUAACCUAGUACCUGCAAUCACGUUUAUAAUGACAACCAUUUUCAGUUACGAGAAGAUCAAUAUGAAAAGCCUGACGAGUAUAGCAAAAAUAGUAGCAGUAUUGUGUAUGAGUGGAGCCAUUUCAAUGGCAUUGCUUAGAGGGCCAAAGCUACUCAAUAAAUCAGUUCUUGGAGAUGAUAAGAAUUGGUUGCUGGGUUGUUUAUUUCUCUUUGGAAGUUCUUGUUGCUGGUCAUCUUGGCUGGUUUUGCAGGUUCCAGCUACAGAAACCUAUCCUGACCAUCUAUCUUUAUCAGCCUGGAUGUGUUUCUUGGCAACAAUUCAUUCUGCAAUUCUUGCAAUAUUCUUAGAACAAGACCUUAGUUCUUGGAAGCUACAUUCAUGUCUAGAACUCAUUCGUUGCUUAUUUGCGGGGAUUAUAGGAUCUGGGGUUUCCUUCUUUAUUCAAGAAUGGCUCAUUUCACAAAGAGGUCCACUCUUUUCUGCAAUGUUCAAUCCUCUAUGCACUGUGAUUGUCUUUCUACUAGCUGCUCUGUUUCUGCAUGAAGAGAUUUAUAUUGGAAGCUUCAUAGGUGCAGUUGGUGUGAUAAUUGGUUUGUAUGUUGUGUUAUGGGGCAAGGCCAAAGAUUUAAUAGAAGACCCACCCCAAGAGAAAGAUCCAAAGCUGGAAAUUCAUCAAAUGGCUACUAACAUGUUGAUAGAUGAAGCUGUACAAGAAACAAGUAAAGCUGAUAACGAAGAACCUCUUUUAUCUUGA